AUGGAAUCCCCUUAUUCCAUUGCCCAAUUGACGGGAUAUCUCGAGUGUCUCUCGUUGCCAUCUAGCUAUGCAAAAUAUAUCCAAUCGCCAGAGUCAUUCCCCAAGACCGAGACGGCGCUGACCGUUCUAUUCCAAUGUCAGAUCACUCGAUUUCCAUAUGAAAAUCUCAGCGUGCAUGCUUCCACUACCGGUGACCCUCCGCCCCUGGCUGCCCAUGCACUGUACGAGAAAAUGCUCGGGACCAGCGGAGGUCCCACUGGACGAGGGGGAUAUUGUCUAGAAGUGAAUCUACUUUUCUACUAUGUUCUUCUGGGUUUGGGUUUCUCCGUGUACGUUACGGGAGUCCGGAAUCGAGACCGACAGGAUGGAGUGCCCGUGGGAAAUUACCGAGGAUGGAUCCAUAUCGUGAACAUCGUCCAGUUGCCAACAGGUAGUCGAUAUCUUCUAGAUGCCGCAUUCGGAGGCGAUGGAACACAGGAGGUCCGUCUAAUUCGCGACCGACUCCCCCUGCAGACGCGCAGUGACCAGCCAUACUGGAUCUACCAGUAUCGCAACGGCGCGGACAUGGACUGGAAGGCGCUCUACUGCUUUUCCGAGCUGGAAUGGUUCCCGGAGGACUUCGACGUUAUCAAUCGAUACGCGACGUGGGAUGCCCUCGGACGGGGGAACGUCGUGGUUGUGAAAUUCAUGCGGAAUGACGGGAACACGAACAUGGAUCCAGAUCCCCAGCCGACGGAGUCCGAGGUGCAGAUAGUGGGAAAAUUGAUGCUGGUGAACGGGGAGCUGAAGCAGAACCUGGGGGGGAGAACGCAAGUGAUUGAGAGGUUUGACGAAUCCCGACGAACAGAAGUCUUGCGGGAACGAUUCUCAAUGCAAAUAUGA